AAUUGCGGAUUACUAAUCCAGCUCAGGAGUCCUCUCUCUCCCUCUCUCUCGAGUCGGGGGAACAGCUUUUCGAGCGACGACUGCCUCAGCAUCGUUCGCUCGAAGGGUUAAAUUCCGCGUAAUCGCAAAUUCUCUCUCUCUUCUCGAUAGAGUUCUCGACGAGGAGGAGCAGAAGAGCAGAAGAGGAUGCCUCGCAAUUCAUCAAGAAAAGGUCCCUCCAAUUCUGCUACCUCCACCAAUUCUUCCUCGGCGGUCGAUCUCUUUCGCUCUGCAACAGGUAAAGCUGCCAGCAAGGAGCUGGAGCGAAUCGAUCAGCUCUUCUUUUCAUAUGCAAAUAAUUCAUCUGGAUUAAUUGACCCUGAAGGAAUUGAAUCUUUUUGUUCUGAUUUGGAGGUGGAUCAUACUGAUGUCCGGAUAUUAAUGCUGGCAUGGAAAAUGCAAGCUGAGAAACAAGGAUACUUUACCCUGGAUGAAUGGAGAAGAGGUCUCAGAGCAUUGCGAGCAGAUACAAUUGUUAAACUGAAAAAAGCACUUCCUGACCUUGAGAAAGAGGUUAGGAGACCGUCAACAUUUGAGGAUUUCUACACAUAUGCGUUCCGAUAUUGUCUAACAGAGGAAAAACAAAAGAGCAUUGAUAUUGAGAGUAUAUUUGUUCUACUGGAUCUUGUUUUGGGAUCCCGAUUUGGACCACAAGUUGACUAUUUGGUUCAGUAUCUUAAGACACAGACUGAUUACAAGGUUAUAAACAUGGAUCAGUGGAAGGGGUUUUAUCGUUUUUGCACUGAGAUAAGCUUCCCAGACCUUAGUAACUAUGACCCGGACUCUGCUUGGCCCUGGAUCUUGGAUAAUUUUGUUGACUGGAUGAGAGCGAAGCAGGGUUAAGAUGGGGAUGCUCAGCGGUCUCAAAUGUGACAAGAGGCGUCAUUGCACAAUCUAUUGGCUAUGUGACUUUCACGUGUGUGCGGGACCAGAUAUGUUGAUCCUCAAGCACGAGUUUAGCGCAGGGGCUGUUAAGAGUCUUGUCACAAUAUUAUGCUUAGCAUUGUUAUGAGAUGAAUUCAGAUCUUUUUGGGAGAAUGCAUUACCAUUAUAUGACAGAAUUGAUAUGCUUGCAGGAUUCAAGCAAGACUAUACACAUCAAGUUGGCUGCCUUCUGCACCAUCUUCUGUUUAGAAGCUUUUGCUUUUAUUUUUACUGAUUGAUGUUCUUUCUUUCCUUUUUUUUUAUUGGGUGUAGGGAACAGAUAAAAAAUGAAAGGUGCCUUAUUCUUGCAGAACUGAAUCUCUUGCUAGAACAGCUUCGCAUCUAGUUGCUUCUGUGUUAUAUGGAAAACUUGUUACUACUAUAUAAAAGUUUCAAUAUAGUCGUCUGCUUGUAUUUUGCGCUC